AAACCCGGAAGGGCCGGGCGCGGAGCUCCGCCUCUGACUGACAGGCGACGCGGACGCGGGGCCCGGGAGCCGGUCGCCGAUGGAGUUGGGAGUCAGCGGCGGAACGGCAUGGAGACGACCUGGGGGAGCGUCAACGCUGAGCCGGGCUGGUCCGUCUCGGCCCGGCAGCCUGAAGAGGCGGCGGAGGCAGAUGAGGCGAGUCCGUUGCUAAGCAACGAACUUCAUCGGCCAGAAGCCCCCGGUGUUUCAUUUGGCUUCUCGGUGUUUAACUUGAUGAAUGCCAUCAUGGGAAGUGGCAUACUUGGCUUAGCUUACGUCAUGGCAAAUACUGGUAUUCUUGGAUUUAGUUUCUUGUUGCUGGCGGUUGCCGUCGUGGCUUCGUACUCGGUCCAUCUCCUGCUCAGCAUGUGUGUUCAUUCAGCUGUAACAUCUUACGAAGACCUUGGACUCUUCGCAUUCGGAUUACCCGGAAAGGUGGUGGUGGCAGGUACCAUAAUAAUCCAGAAUAUAGGAGCUAUGUCAUCUUACCUUUUAAUUAUUAAGACAGAGCUUCCGGCUGCUAUUUCAGCAUUCUUGCAUGGAGACUACACUGGGUCUUGGUAUCUUGAUGGACAAACACUACUAAUAAUCAUUUGUGUCGGCAUUGUGUUCCCUCUCGCCCUUCUGCCCAAAAUAGGCUUUCUUGGCUACACAAGUAGUUUAUCAUUUUUCUUUAUGGCGUUCUUUGCUCUUGUGGUAAUUAUUAAAAAGUGGUCCAUCCCUUGUCCCCUAAUGUUGAAUCAUGUAGGGCAGUGCCUCCAGAUUUCAAAUGCUACAGAUGAUUGUACACCAAAGCUCUUUCAUUUCUCCAAAGAGAGUGUUUAUGCAGUACCAACCAUGGCUUUUUCAUUUCUCUGCCAUACCUCAAUCUUGCCCAUAUACUGUGAACUUCAAAGCCCUUCAAAGAGACGAAUGCAGAAUGUCACCAAUACAGCAAUUGCUUUCAGUUUUCUCAUUUAUUUUGUCUCUGCACUCUUUGGGUACCUCACAUUUUAUGACAAAGUGGAGUCAGAAUUGCUCCGAGGUUAUAGCAGAUACUUGCCGCACGACGCCGUUGUCAUGACUGUGAAGCUGUGUCUGCUGCUCGCCGUGCUGCUGACAGUCCCUCUGAUCCACUUCCCCGCCAGAAAAGCUUUAAUGAUGAUCUUCUUCUCCAAUUUCCCAUUCUCAUGGAUUCGCCAUUUCUCAGUCACUCUAGCACUCAACGCAAUCAUUGUUUUACUUGCAAUAUAUGUCCCUGACAUUAGUAACGUGUUUGGUGUAGUCGGUGCCAGUACCUCAACGUGUUUGAUUUUUGUGUUCCCGGGAUUGUUUUACCUUAAACUCAGCACAGAGGACUUUCUCUCGUGGAAGAAGUUUGGAGCUUUUGUUUUGCUUAUCUCUGGAAUUCUGGUUGGAAAUUUUAGCUUAGCACUCAUCAUCUUUGAUUGGAUUAAUAAAUGAAAGAAAUGAAGGUAGUAAAUUAAAUAAAUGAAAGAAUCAUUUACCUCCGUAUACAAGAUGAAUUAAUUCUGGAAGGCACCUUGGAUGAAAUAUAAUGGUUUUAUAAAAAUCAUUAGCAGGAAAAAAAAAAACGGAGCAGAGGGGCAUUGCAUGCAGAAGGGAAGAUGUUUACUAAUGUUAAGCAAAACAAGAAAUGAAUUCAAGCUGUCCCUGAAUAUACCAGAUGCUCAUGACGAUGCAUAUUGUGAAGGGCAUGCUUGCAUUCCAGAAAGUUCCUUUUGGGGAAGGCACUGUGACUCUCCCAUCAAGCCACACCUGCGAUGCUGCCUGGAUGAGGGGAGGACCAGCUACUGUUUCCACACCAGCUC